AGGUUUUUUUCUGCUUCCCCAUCCGAUUUUUCUCCGGACCGUUUCCCGUUGACGACAUUCUCUGUGCAUUCGUCGCUGUCGUAGCUGCCGAUCGAGCUCUCGAACGGCCUCCGUCGAGUUUAAUUUGCCAAUCUGAGGGUUCUUGAUGGUUUGGUUGACGUUGUCUGCGAGGUGGGCUGUGCGGAGCGUUGGUUUUAUUAUUUCUAUUCUCGAGCACUGAUUCUCGUGUGAUUUGCAAUGCAAUGACUGCCGAGGCGACGUUCGAGCGGAGUCUGCGGUAAUAUGAUAAUUGAAGGUUUUGAGAAAUUCGAGUGAGAAGUUGCUGAGGCAUUCAUUUCCAUCACCAUGUACAUCAAGCAGGUAAUUAUUGAGGGCUUCAAGAGCUACAAGGAGCAAGUCGCAACCGAACCAUUUAGCCCCAAGCAUAACUGUGUCGUUGGUGCAAAUGGCUCGGGCAAAACCAACUUCUUUCAUGCCAUCAGGUUUGUUCUCAGCGACUUAUUUCACCAUCUCCGGGCUGAGGAUAGGCAGGCUCUUCUUCAUGAAGGCGCAGGACAUCAAGUUUUGUCGGCGUUUGUUGAGAUAGUGUUUGACAACAGCGACAAUCGCAUCCCUGUUGACCGAGAGGAAGUGCGAUUGCGACGGACAAUUGGUGUAAAGAAGGACGAGUACUUCCUCGACAAGAAGCACAUCACGAAAACUGAAGUUAUGAAUCUACUUGAGAGUGCUGGAUUUUCUCGGUCAAACCCCUACUAUGUUGUGCAACAAGGAAAGAUUGCUUCUUUAACAUUGAUGAAGGACCAUGAGCGUCUUGAUCUGCUGAAGGAGAUCGGGGGCACUCGUGUGUAUGAAGAACGCAGAAAAGAGAGCUUGAAGAUUAUGGUGGAUACAGAGAACAGAAGAAAGCAAAUCAUACAGGUGGUACAGUACAUUGAGGAGAGACUGAAAGAACUUGAUGAAGAGAAAGAAGAGCUUAAAAAGUAUCAGCAGCUGGACAAGCAACGAAGAUCCUUACAAUACACGAUUUUUGAGAAGGAGCUUCUUGAUGCAAGGCAAAAGCUUGAGGAGAUUGAAGAAGCUCGAGCAAGAGUUUCUGAAAAGUCAAGCGAAAUGCACAACACUGUUGUUGAUGCUCAUGAAAAGUCCAAGAACUUGGAGAAGGAGCUGAAAACUUUGAACAAAGAGUUGCAGUCUUUAUUGAAAGAGAAAGAAACUGCAGAGCGACAGAAAACAGAGGUUUUGAAGCUGUAUGCGAAGAAGGAAUUAGAUGUGAAGGAUGUUGAAGAGCGAAUGAGAGCAGAAGCACGAACUAAGGUGGAAGUCCAAAGAGAACUCAGAGCGAUAGAAAAGGAGGUUGAACGAUCCCAGAAAGACCUUGAGGAUGUUAGUCCUGUCUUUGAUCAACUCAUGGCUCAAGAAGAGGCCAUAUUGAAAGGGAUCGCAGAUCGUGAAAGACAACUCAGUAUUCUCUAUCAAAAGCAAGGGAGGACGACCCAGUUUCGGAGCAAAGAAGAUAGAGAUAGUUGGCUUCAGAAAGAGAUUGAUGACAUUGAGCGGGUCAUGGCAGAUGUUCAAGAGCAGAUUACCAAAUUAGAACUAGAAGCGAAUAAUCUGAACGAGGACUAUGCCCAGCAGAAGAGAAACAUUGAAGCUCGUGAAGCUGAGAUGAAUGAACAAGAGGCGAUAGCUGAUAAAUGCCGCCAGGAUUUCUCAGCCAUAAAAAUUGAAAGGGAUGAACUUCAGGAGAACCGGAAGGUGCUUUGGAAGAAAGAGAAUGAACUUAACCGUGAGGUUGAGAAAUUGAAAGCGGACAUUGUCAAAUCGGAGAAGAGUAUGGAUCUGGCUGCUCCAGGAGACAUCCGUCGGGGCCUCCAGUCAGUUCGCAGAAUCAUAAAAGACCAUAAUAUUACAGGAGUGCAUGGUCCCCUUGCUGAGCUCUUGGAAUGUGAGGAGAAAUUUUUCACUGCUCUUGAAGUUACAGCAGGCAACAGUUUGUUCCAUGUAGUGGUUGACAACGACGAAAUCUCAACAAGAAUUAUUCGGUACUUGACUUCUGAGAAGGGCGGAAGGGUCACUUUCAUGCCUUUAAAUCAAAUCAGAUAUUCUCGAGUGAGCUAUCCCACAGGUCCCGAUGUUGUCCCUUUGUUAAAGAAGAUCAAGUAUGACCUCCGAUUUGGCCCUGCUUUUGCCCAGGUUUUUGGAGGGACUGUAAUAUGUAGAGAUCUUGAGGUUGCAACAACUGUUUCACGAACUGCUGAAGUUGACUGCAUAACAUUGGAUGGUGAUCAAGUAAGCAAAAAAGGAGGUAUGACUGGCGGUUUCUACGACUACAGAAGAUCAAAACUGAAGUUACUUAGUGUGAUUCGUGAAAAUAAUAAGCUUGUUAAUGUGAAGCAACAGGAGCUGACUAAAGUGAGAGCUGAAUUGCAAAAUAUAGACUCGAAGUGUAAUGCCAUUGUAAGUGAACAAGAGAAAAUGAAUGCCACUUUGAGCUAUCACAAGUCACAGGCAGAUCAAUUGAGGGCUGAUAUAGCUGCUCUCAAGAAGCAAGAGAGCUCCACACGGCAAGCUUUGGAGGCAAAGAAACGGCUGCUUGCCACAGCUCACAAUCAGAUUGAUUCUCAUAAAGCCGGCAUAGCUUCCAGACGAGCAGAGAUGGAGACUCAAUUGGUUGAUUCCUUGACGCCUGAACAAAGGAGUUUAUUAUCUUCCUUGAAUCCAGAGAUCACUCAGUUGAAGGAACAGCUCAUUGAGUGCAAAGCCCGUCGGAUGGAUGCUGAGACCAGGAAAAGCGAACUGGAGACGCUACUAGCGACAAAUCUGGUGAAGAGGCAACAGGAACUGCAAGCUCAGUUAGCUGCAUCUGACUCACAAACGAUUGUCCAAGAUGUGGAACUCAGAAAACAAGAGCUGAAGGAUGCCAAGAGUACUGUAGAUGAGGCUGUACGACAGCUGAAAUCGGUGACCGAUCAGAUCGAUAAGCAUUCCAAGGGGAUACGCGACUUGAAAAAUGCACUGGAUGAACUCAAGGGUUUGGAGGACAAAUAUGAGCUGACUCUGCAAGAUGAAUCCAAAGAUCUGGAACAAUUAUUGAAUACGCGUAAUCUUCUCCAUGCUAAACGAGAGGACUUGAUGAAGAAGAUUCGUGACCUGGGAUCCUUGCCAUCCGAUGCAUUUGAAAAGUAUCAGAAAAAGACUUUGAAGGAGUUGCACAAGAUGUUACACAAGUGCAAUGAGCAGCUUAAGAAUUACAGUCACGUGAACAAGAAGGCUUUGGAUCAGUAUGUCAAUUUUACAGAGCAACGAGAAGAACUGCAUAAACGCCAGGCUGAACUUGAUAGUGGUGACGAGAAAAUUAGAGAACUUAUUUCCGUUUUGGAUCAACGGAAAGAUGAGUCCAUUGAGCGGACUUUCAAAGGAGUAGCAAAAUUCUUCAAAGAAGCGUUUAGUGAACUAGUGCCUGGUGGCCUUGGCAGCUUGGUGAUGAUGACAAAACGCAAGGCAGCCGAAGCAGGUGAUGAUGACCCUGAUGAGGAAGGAGCUCCUAAUGAUGAAGAAGCAAGACGGGAGAAAUACGUUGGCGUAAAGGUCAAGGUGUCCUUCACCGGCCAAGGGGAGACACAGUCUAUGAAGCAGUUGUCAGGUGGCCAGAAGACAGUGGUGGCUCUGACUCUCAUUUUCGCAAUCCAACGAUGUGACCCCGCACCGUUUUACUUGUUCGAUGAGAUUGAUGCUGCACUUGACCCGCAAUAUCGGACAGCAGUUGGCAACAUGAUCAAACGGCAGGCGGAUGCAGGAGCCACUCAAUUCAUUACUACCACUUUUCGGCCGGAGCUGGUGAAGGUGGCAGAUAGAGUUUACGGAGUGACUCAUAAGAACCGCGUGAGCCGCGUCGAUGUCAUCACGAAGGAGGAAGCUCUUCACUUUAUUGAGCAAGAUCAAAGUCAUCAGCACGAAUAAUUCUUUAGUAUUAUCCUGAGCAGUAAGUUGCAGCUUGUGUAAUUGUGGAUACAGCACAUUGGUUUGCCCAGAUGCAUGCACUGGAUCUUGUAUGGCUAGAUUGUAGACUUCAGUAGUGGCUGGUGAAAUGAAAACGUUCAUUCGUAGGACUUCAUCGUUCAGGCAACCUUGUUGAGGACCCCAAACUGCUCAUUCAGUCCGUGAUUGGAUGGUUUUUAAGACAUGUACUAGAUGGAUCUUUUUGCUUGCAUGUCCGUGUCCCGGUGUUGGAUGAUCUAUGAGGAGAUUCUAGCAUUGCA